CCUCACUCACACUCUCCCUCUAGUUCUCUUGCUCUCUUUUUUUUUCUCUGCUGUGACGGACCCUGCUGGACGAUCGCGUGGGUGGCCAUUGCUCUCUUCAAUCCUUGCCCUGACCACUUAUCGCACUUCUCCCUCCUCCCCUCUCCUUUCUUGAGGAUAGCGCAUUCCCCGUGCAACUAACUGGCUGAUUGCGCUGUCCGCAUUACGGGCCCACCGGCUCCCGCCGCAUCUCUCCGUCUUCUGUUCCCCUGAUCUAAGCCCAUCCAGAGCUUCGCAACCAUCACCAUGAGUCGCACGGAGACUGAUUUGGCGAUUAACAUUCGCAAAGCCACGAGCAUCGAGGAAACCGCCCCGAAACGGAAACAUGUUCGGAGCUGCAUCGUGUACACAUGGGAUCAUAAAUCAUCCAGCGCCUUCUGGGCUGGCAUGAAAGUCCAGCCUGUCCUCGCCGACGAAGUGCAGACGUUCAAGGCGCUCAUCACGAUACAUAAGGUGCUACAAGAAGGUCACCCGAUCGUUGUCCGUGAAGCACAGCAGCAUGUCAAUUGGAUCGAUAGUCUAAUGCGCGGUGUUGGUGGAGAUGGUAUCCGAGGAUACGGCCCCCUCAUUCGUGAAUACGUCUUCUACCUUGAGUCAAAGCUGGCGUUUCACCGGAACCAUCCCGAAUUCAACGGCCUGUUCGAAUAUGAAGAGUACAUCAGCUUGAAGACAACCAAUGACCCCAAUGAAGGGUAUGAGGCAAUUACAGAUCUCAUGACACUGCAAGAUCAGAUCGAUGCCUUCCAGAAGUUGAUCUUCUCUCAUUUCCAAUCCGGCACCAACAACGAAUGUCGCAUCUCCGCCCUGGUCCCUCUGGUGCAGGAGAGUUACGGCAUCUACAAGUUCAUCACCAGCAUGCUGAGGGCUAUGCACACGACGACGGGUGAUACGGAAGCGCUUGAACCUCUCCGCGGUCGAUAUGACGCCCAGCACUAUCGCCUCGUCCGCUUCUACUACGAAUGUUCGAACCUGCGGUAUCUCACUAGCCUGAUUACUGUCCCCAAGCUUCCACAGGACCCUCCCAACUUGCUGUCGGAAGACGAUGAACGUCCAGCUCUGCCGAAGCGACCGGUCAAGGAACCCGAGCCCCAGCCGUCUCCCCCGCCCAAGAUGACUGCAGCAGAGCCGGAGCCUAUCAGUGAUUUCUGGACUACCGAAGCCAAGCGUCAGCAAGAAGAAUAUGAAGCCGAGCAACGCCGCUUGCAGCAGCAAUGGGAGGAUCAGCAGCGGCAACAACUUCUCGCGCAGCAGCAGGCUCAGCGCGACUUCGAGGAACAACAGCGCCUCCAGGCUGAGCAGCAGCGCCUAGCUCAGGAACAGCUUUUGCGCGAUCAGUACCAGACACAGACCCAAGGUCGCUUGGCCGAGCUUGAGCAGGAGAACCUGAAUGCCCGCGCCCAGUACGAGCGUGACCAGUUGAUGCUGCAACAGUACGACCGUCGAGUCAAGGAUCUGGAGGAACAAAUGAACCACUUGAACUCCAAUCUCAACCUGCAGAAUGCGUCGAAGGACGAGCAGAUUCGGUCGCUGCAGGAGCAGGUUAACACGUGGCGGUCCAAGUACGAAGCCUUGGCCAAGCUUUACUCUCAACUCCGCCAGGAGCACCUCGACCUGUUGCAGACGACGAAGAGCCUUAAGCUGAAGGCAGCAUCGGCACAGGAGGCUAUUGAGCGCCGUGAGAAGCUUGAGCGUGAGCUCAAGACCAAGAACCUGGAGCUGGCCGACAUGAUCCGCGAGCGGGACCGCGCGCUGCACGACAGAGACCGUCUGACCGGCAACAACAAAGAAGAGCUGGAGAAGGUCAAACGGGAGCUGCGCUUUGCCCUCGAGCGAGCUGAGAAUGCGGAACGCUCCAAGGGCACGGAGAUCUCGACACUGUUGUCGAAAUACAACAGGGAAAUGGCGGACUUGGAGGAGGCUCUCCGGAACAAGUCUCGUGCCUUGGAGGAAGUCUCCAACAAGACCUCGGAGCGUGCAGGCGACCACGACCUUGCCCUGCGCGAAAAGGACGAGGAAAUCGAAGUGUACAAGUCGGGAAUGGAGCAGGCUUUGAUGGAGUUGGAGGAGCUGAAAUUGAGCCAAGGUGAUGUCGACAACGCGCUGGACUCGCAGAUUGACACUGUUCUGCACGGCACUGUCUCUAAGAUCAACGAUAUCAUCGAUUCGGUUCUCCAGACGGGUGUCCAGCGUGUGGAUGAUGCUCUGUAUGAGCUUGACUCCUCCAUGCAGGCUGGUAACCAGAACGCCUCUCCGCCGUAUGUGCUUUCGCAGAUCGAGAAGGCUUCGGCCUCGGCCACCGAAUUCUCUACGGCCUUCAACAACUUCAUUGCGGACGGGCCCAACAGCACGCAUGCGGAAAUUAUCCGGACUGUAUCCAUCUUCGCUGGCUCAGUGGCCGACGUGCUGAGCAACACCAAGGGAUUGACGCGUUUCGCCAACGACGACAAGAGCGCAGAUCAGCUGGUCAACGCAGCCCGCAAAUCCGCUCAGGCGACAGUGCGAUUCUUCCGAGGCUUGCAGUCUUUCCGUCUUGAGGGAUUAGAGGCGCUGCAAAAGACUGAUGUUGUGAUCAACAACAACCUCGAAGUGCAGAGGGACUUGCAGACCCUCUCGAAGCUGGUUGAUGCAUUCGCGCCGAAGAGUGCCAAGAUUGCCACCAAUGGCGAUCUGGGUGACUUGGUUGACCAAGAACUUACCAGGGCGGCUGAUGCUAUCGAUGCUGCAGCCCAGCGACUGGCCAAGCUCAAGAACAAGCCUCGUGAUGGUUUCAGCACCUAUGAGCUUCGGAUCAACGAUGUCAUUCUGGCGGCUGCUAUUGCAGUGACCAACGCCAUCGCCGAACUCAUCAAGGCGGCCACCGCGUCGCAGCAAGAGAUUGUCCGGGAGGGUCGUGGUAGCUCUUCGCGGACGGCUUUCUACAAGAAGAACAACCGCUGGACCGAGGGUCUGAUUUCAGCAGCCAAGGCAGUCGCCAGCUCGACCAACACCUUGAUUGAGACCGCCGAUGGUGUCAUUUCGGGUCGCAACUCUCCUGAGCAAUUGAUUGUCGCUUCCAACGAUGUGGCGGCCAGUACGGCACAGCUGGUGGCAGCCAGUCGUGUCAAGGCUACCUUCAUGAGCAAGUCGCAGGAUCGUCUCGAGACUGCUAGCAAGGCUGUUGGUGCGGCCUGCCGGGCCUUGGUGCGCCAGGUGCAGGAUAUCAUCAAGGAGAAGAACCAGGACGAUUCCGAAGCGGUGGAUUACUCGAAGCUCAGCUCCCACGAGUUCAAGGUGCGGGAGAUGGAGCAACAGGUCGAGAUCCUCCAACUGGAGAACAACCUCUCUCGGGCUCGUCAACGCCUGGGAGAGAUGCGGAAGAUUUCUUACCAAGAGGACUAAGUGGCUGCCAGCAUGUUUGUCAUGGUUUAGUGGGUGGAAGCAGACUGGGAGGUCUAAGUCUCCUGGCUUUGCUGCAAUUCUAUUCGGGUUGUGUUUUCUGUGACAUUGCUUGUUUGUUGGAUAUACCAAGAGUAGCAGCCAUGCGUGUGUUUGGGCGAUCAUGCUCCGAGCCAUCGUUGUACUGUAUAUAAUCAGAUCGAAAGGAUUCCUCCGUU